AUGGCGUUCCUGGAGGAAGUAAAUAUUGUUCACAGAGAUCUUCGUGCUGCCAACGUUCUAGUCGGCAAGGACGAGACCGUUAAGGUGGCUGACUUUAGUCUGACGCAAAUCCUACGCGACACUCCUACAGUUGAUUCGGGU